ACUUAGCUAAUCCCUCCUUCUCUGUCGUUUUUUUUUAAAAAGAUUUCCUGUUAAUUAAUUAAUAUAUGCUUAAUUAUCUGUUAAUCCUCUUGUUCUUACAUUUGAAUUAAUUAUUCACCAUCUUUCAAUUUAUUAAACCUACUGCUUGAACAGCAAAAGCAAUAACAGCUUAAACAAGAACAAGAAAAAGGGUACUUGUAGCAUACUGUACAAACUAAGAAAAAAAAGAAAAAAAAAAAGGAGAUGUUCAGGCUGCACAAGACUAAGCCUGCAGCAAAAUCAGGAGAAAGAAUUGAUUUCAAGUUUUCUCAGUUUAAAGUACAUCAGGUGCCAAAAGGAUGGGACAAGUUGUUUGUCUCUGUAAUCUCAGUAGAGACUGGGAAAACUAUUGCAAAGACUAGUAAAGCAGCUGUUAAGAAUGGGAAUUGUCAAUGGAUAGAUACUGUAUCAGAAUCUAUAUGGAUUGCAUCACAAGAUGGCCAGUCUUCUAAGGAGCUUGAAGAUUGCCCUUAUAAGCUUCUUGUUGCCAUGGGGUCAGCUAGAUCUGGCAUGCUUGGAGAGGCUAUACUGAACAUGGCAACAUAUAUGAAUUCAAGUGAUUCUGUUCCUGUUUCAUUUCCAUUGAAAAAGUGCAAUCAUGGGACUAUUUUACAACUCAAGAUUCAAUGCGUGACACCAAGAACAAAUAUUAGAAUAAUCAGGGAUGCUGAAUCAAAAGGAACAAAUUCCAGCAAGGAAGAUAUCGAUGCAGACUCUAAAAAUUCAGAAAUCAAGUCAGAGGAGUCUGAUAAUUCAAUUGCAAAGGGUUCUAGAUCUUACUCUAGUAGAGAUUUGGGCUCCCUUACACAUCAAGGAGAUCAAGGAAGACAGGGAGGGGGAGAAGCAGUCCAGGACACUAGUUUUCCCGUUUCAGAUUCACAUCACAGCUAUAAUUCAGAAGAAAUUUCCCUGGAAAGGGAAGAGCACAACCUGACUGCAGGACAAGAGUCAACUAGCUCCAAAGAUAGUGUACCUCCGCGCAGUUCUAAUGCUGACAAUGCUUCUCAAUCGUCUCAUUCAUCGUUUAAUUCACGCAUUACACAUUCAGACAACCUUUCUCAGGAUGAACCGCAAGAGUUUGCUGCACUAUCUUUGAAAAUUUCAGAUUCUUCUAAGAGCUUACUUGAAGCUGCAGAAGAUACUAUCGAAGAGCUUCGAGGUGAAGCUAAGAUGUGGGAGAGGAAUGCCAGGAAGCUGAUGCUUGAUUUGGAAUUGGUGAGAAAAGAGUACUCCGAACAGUCCAAAAACCAAUUAAAUUUGGCUAUUGAGCUGUCAGCAGCUUGUGCAGAACGUGAUGGAUUGCAAAAGGAAGUUGAACAGUUGAAGCUAUUGUUGGAGAAGACAAUGAAAAAACCUUCAGGCUUGGAGGAUUUAGAACUUCAAGAUACAGGAGUAAAUCGAAUCAUAAAGGAAUUGGAAAACGAGAUCAAAUAUCAGAAAGAGUCAAACGCUAAUCUCACUCUGCAGUUGAAUAGGAGUCAGGAAUCAAAUGCUGAACUUGUUUCUGUACUUCAGGAAUUGGAAGCAACUGUAGAAAAGCAGAAAGCUGAAAUAAAGAAUGAUCAGGCUGCAGAGAAGAAUCAGGACUUAGUGCUCCAGAUGCAACAGCUGCAAGAAUCUGAAAAGUUUUUGCAAGCUAAAGUGCAAGAACUGGAAAAGGUACUGGAAAACAAAAACCAAAACUUAGAGAACGCGAGUUUGAGUGACCAAAUUCUUGUAGAUAUUGAGACAGAAUAUGAAAGCAAGUUAUCUGCUAAAGAGAAGGAAACAGUUAGCUUGAAAGCAAAGUUAUCUGACACUCAGAAACAAAGGCACUGUUUAGCAGAAUCGAAGUCCGCAGAUGAAGCUGUUGGAAAUCUGAUGGAAGAAAUUGAAUCAUUGAAAGCUAAACUGCAAGAGCUAGAAAGUGAUUGCCAGGAACUAACAGAAGAAAAUCUUGAGCUCCUAGUCAGGCUUAAGGAAAUGAAGAAAAAUUCUGCAGAAGAAGGUGUAUCUUUGACAGCUACCAGGUUUGAAGUGAGUGAUAAUGACCCUGAAGAGAAGGUAAGGGAGAAAGUUCUCAAGGAGAUUGAAACUGAUCACAAUCUUUCAAUUCAAGAACUUGAGAAUCUGAAACUCCAUCUGGAACACAAAGUUAAUGAACUGAGUAGGGAAUUGAGUGAGAAAGGAGAGGUGAUAGAAAGACUCGACGCUGGUUUGCUGUCAAAAGAAGAGCAGAUUGAGAAUCUUCACAGAUAUCAGAGAGAAUUGGAAGAAAAAUUUUCUUCUCUUCAAAAAGAAAAAAGUCAGCUAGAGGAAAAUAUGGAAAUUGUCAGUGGAGAAAGUGAUAUUGCUAUGAAAUGCAUGAACGCCUUGCAAAAGGAUUUAACGGUUCUUAGCAGCAGUGUGAAUAAUCAUGUUUCUGCCAAUAAGGUUCUUGAAAGGAAAACUUCAGAGAUAGAAAGUAGUAAACGUGAAUUGGAGAUUCAUUUAUCAGAGCUAGAGCAGGAAAAUGAAGAGUUGUCAGCUUGCAUAGCUGUCAUGGAAGCUCAAAUAAGGAAUUUAACGGAUGAUAGAGAAUCAAUAGAAUUGGAGCUGGAGAAUUCCAAAUCCAAUGCAGUGAUAAUUCAAGAUGAGAUCGCAAGAUUGAGAAAUGAGACAGAGACACAAAAGAGGGAUGCGAAACAGAAACUUGAAGAAAUGAAAAAUCGAUGGUCAGAAGCUGAAGAAGAGCUUGAACAUCUGAGAAGUGCAAAUCCCAAGUUACAAGCUACUGCUGAGAGUCUCAUGGAAGAAUGCAGUUUACUUCAGAAAUCAAACGGAGAGUUGAAAAUGCGAAAGCUGGAAUUGGAAGGGCAAUGCAACCACUUGGAGACGAAAUUAAGGGAAUCGCACAGAAGUUUUUCUGAUUGCUCAAAAAGAGUUAGUGUUUUGCAAGAAAGUAUUUGUUCAUUGUUGGAACAAAGUGCUUCGAAAGAGAGGAGCCUAAGUUCAGAACUGGAUGCACUUCUAAAGGAAAAUGAGAAGCAGAAUAAGAAACUUAGUGUAGUAAACGAGAUGUAUAUGGAGAAGAUGGUUCUAGUUGAGAAUCUUCAGCAAGAGAUUGGAGACCUCACCAAGAAACUCUCUGCAACUCAAAAUGAAAGAGAGAGGAUAACAUCUGAUGCUGCCAACGAAGUAUCCAAAUUACGAGAAAACGUUGCUAAGGUAGAAUCAGAACUGAAUACCGUAAAUAUAGAAUUCAAGAUCAAGAUUCAAGGUCUGACGAAUGAGCUUGCUUCCUCCAAAGAAAGUCAAGAAAUGCUAAAAGCUGAUAAUGGAAAAAUGUUGAAGUUGUUGGAGAAUUACAGAUCACGUGAAGAAAAUUUUAAGACUACUCUCAAUGGUCUUGAAUUAAAUCUUACAGUUUCUGAAUAUGAGCGGCAGCAACUCAUGGAAGAAUGUAAAAAUUUGAAGGCUCAGUUGCAGAAAAUUGAAUCUCUUGAGGAUGAAGUUUUGGCUUUGAAGAAUGAACUGAAAGCAAUCAAGUCCGAGAAAGAGAAACUUGGAACUUCAUUGAGACUAAAAUCUGAAGAAUGCGAAGAGCUGAAAACGGAGAAAAUUUUAUGCAUCGAUAAGAUCACUGAAUUGCAGAAGGAAGUUUCUGAAUUAGAAGACUGCAAACAGGAUAAAUUUGCCUUACAAGAAAAGCUUCAACAGUUGGAGAGUGACCUUAUAGCAAAAGAGGCAUUAUGCGAACAAGAUGCAGAGCUUAAAAAUCAGCUCAACCGAAUCAAGAGAACAAACAAACAACUUCAGCAGCAGCAUCAGCAACUUGAGGAAGAGAAACAAAAGUGCAGAACAAGAGCUCAAUCUCUUGAAGAAGAGUUGAUAAUGAUGAAGGAUAAACAACGCAGCCUGCGCGAGUCGAGAAGUGUGAAUUCUAUUAGUAAUCAACAUCAAAGAGAAUUGCUUGAGGAUGAAGUAUCCAAGUCUGUGGAAGUAAAUAAUGGAUAUAAACCUCAGGUUAAAAGGUUAACCUCCGAGGGUCGGAAGGGUUGGACAGGAUCUCCAAGAAAAUCAAAAGCAGAAGGCGAAUUCGUGCCAAAAGAAAAGUUUGAACGAACAAAAUCAUCAUUAGAGGCAGAGUUAAGAGAUAUUCGAGAGCGCUACUUCCACAUGAGUCUCAAGUAUGCUGAGGUAGAAGAAGAAAGGGAGGAGCUUGUAAUGAAGCUCAAGGCAGCUAAUAGUGGAAAGGGAUGGUUCUAAUGAAUUACAAAUCAAUGAUUUUUUUUAUCUUUGUUUUUUUUCCAGAUGAUGAGCAUUUCUCCUCUUACUUAACCUUCCAAUUUCAGGCAACUUUUGUUGAUAUGAAAUAAUACAAAAUUUGCUGAGAGAAUAUCCUGCAGGAAUAUCUGAUGAAGUUGCAGUGCCAACAGAAUCAAAUAAAAGGGUCUCUUCCUGUACAUGAAUUUGAUUUACAUAUAUAGUUAAGGCUUUCUCUUUAUGCAGGUGUAUUUCUUUUGAUGAAUAACAUAGUUUACUGAAUGCUUGUCUAGUGCUUUACAUUGUAGUCUGUUAUUGGACUAGGAAGAGGAAUACACAAUUAGGCAUGAGUAGUUGUCAUAGGUGGUUUUGGUAUCA